AUGUCGAAGAACUCAGCCAUAGUAGCACUUUUGCUUGUGAUUCUUGCCAUAGAAGCUUGCUAUGGGCAUUCAUUUUCAAGAGAAGAAAAGAAGGAUCAAACCAUCGUCGUGGCUCCGUGCAAAACAAAGAAAGAUUGUUUUCGAAACAUUCGCUUUCUUCCAUGCAAUGCUUCCGUGGUCAUGUGUCGUGAAUCAGUUUGUGUUUGUCAUCCGAUAAACAGAAAAACCAGGUAA